UGUGAUGUUGUGGCGAUGUUUGUUUCCCUGCUGGCCCGGGCUGGCGGCAGCAGGGCGGCGCUCACCCUGCCUGUGUUGCAGGACUCGUACCGCAAGCAGGUGGUGAUCGAUGGCGAGACGUGUCUGCUGGACAUCCUGGACACGGCGGGGCAGGAGGAGUACAGCGCCAUGAGGGACCAGUACAUGAGGACAGGGGAGGGAUUCCUCUGCGUGUUCGCCAUCAACAACAGCAAAUCCUUCGCCGACAUCAACCUGUACAGAGAACAGAUCAAGAGAGUGAAGGACUCGGAUGACGUGCCCAUGGUGCUGGUGGGGAACAAAUGUGAUCUGCCCACGAGAACAGUGGACACAAAACAAGCCCAAGAAUUGGCAAAAAGCUACGGGAUCCCCUUCAUAGAGACCUCUGCAAAAACCAGACAGGGUGUGGAAGAUGCUUUUUACACCCUGGUGAGAGAGAUCCGGCAGUACCGGAUGAAGAAGCUCAACAGCAGCGAGGAUGGGAACCAGGGCUGCAUGGGACUGUCCUGCCUGGUCAUGUGAAAAGAUGCCGAGAAAACGUGGUUCAGGUGCAGCUGCUGGACGAGCCUGGAUCUCCUGUGCUGCUUCUCCUGCUGAUGCCUGCAGUGUUUCGGUGCCAGUGACAGACUCUAAUUAACACCAGAGUUAAUUAGCACAAGAUCCUUCUCCGUGCUCCAUCUGAAGAGAACAUCCAUGGCAUCUACCUCCCUGCUCAGCUCACGGAGCAGCAGCAUCUCUGGAUGUGCUGGGAUUCUUUCCUCACUGUGUUACCUGGGUUUGCUCAAGAAGAAAACCAGUCACAAAAGUGAGCUAUAGAGACUAAAUGCUGUGAAAAAGAUGACACUUUACCUCUAGAGUAAAAGCUAGAAGUGCUGUGUGUCCCCUGUCUGUUGGAAUCCGUGCAGUGCUGUCAGAGGAGUGGCACAGAGCAGUGUCACACGGGGCUGUGCCACCAGGAGUGCCCCGGCCCCUCUCAGCUGGGUGCCUGCUCUCCC